UUGAUUUUGAUGAUAAUUUCAAUUCUCUCAGCCAUGGUUGUUCAAAGAUUUGUUUGGAGAUUUACUGAAUUCUUGGCUGUGUUUUAUAAAACAGUGAAAAGAUAAGUUCGUUUUUUUUAUAGAAAAUAUCGUAAUUAUUCCUUCGUAGGACAAUUCGAAAAUAGUCUAUAUAUAGAAUAUAUAUGUAGUGAUAUGACGUAUUUGUAUGUUUUACCAUUCCAUGCAUGCUGUUAAUCACAAGUGGCAGAAAAAGAGGUAGUGUGAAUCCCAUGUAGCAUGUGUGAUCGUGUCAUAAACAAAUAAUCUCUAUGGGACGUUCAGAAACAAAUAUUCAAUCAAUGUAACGAAAACUCCAAACAUCAGUCAAAUCACAUUCACCUUUUUAUUUCAUUUCAUGAUUAAUUUCAUGAUCAAAGGGACGCGAAAACGGUUGUCUGUAAUCCACGUAUUGAUUGAAAAAAUGGAUUGCAAGCGUUAAACACGGCGUAUUCUAGCGGGACAUCCCUUCCUGUCCCAGUCAGGCGUGGUAAUUCAUAUAACAGCAAGUUCUGCCUUCUUUAUGGCGGAGAAAUCGGAUACAAACACGGUGUCGUAUUUCAUAUGGAUGUUGCAACGAGACGGAAACGUUCGUCCCAUACAUGUAGCUUUAAAAUGAGCAACCCAUGACCUCGAAAUACCUCGACAAGUUAUGAUAUUUAGGGCCCAAAGGAGCGUGAAAUAGCAUAAGACUACACAGGCUUGACAACUCAAUGGAAGAAAAAACUAGGAACGGAUAUGUAAAAUAAAAUUGUACAACUGUGAUCAGCUUACAUGCCAUUGAAUAGAGAUUACGAAACCCGGUCAAUGUUCAUGUGCCCGGACCUUUAAAACUGAUAUACUUGAACUGUUUAUGGCUCUACGUGUGGACUUGAAUACCCACUUUGUUCGAUUUCAAUACUGUGUGUCUUAUCGACAUGCUCUGUGGUUUCUCAAUGCCACCGGUUCCUUAACACAGUUCAGGGAAGUCCAAUUGUCAGCCUUGCGAUUCUUCUUCGUUUUAUGAUGUUUAUGUUCCAGUUUGGAAACUGUGCUAGGGAUUAGAGAUGAAUCAGGAAUCGAUAAUCGAUCGUGUCCGAGUCUGAAUCAACUAUCAGCAUGAGCAGUUGUCCAAAAUGUGGCAAAACGGUGUAUUUUGCUGAGAGAAAAACUUCACUUGGAAAGAAUUGGCAUCCGAACUGUUUAAAAUGUGAAGAGUGUGGGAAAAUUCUUUCGCCUGGUCAACAUGCAGAGAGGAAGGGAUUGCCCUACUGCCACAAACCGUGUUACGCCAGACUGUUCGGGCCCCAGAUGAUGGGGUACGGAUCCAAUGUGGUGUCACCGGCGAAUUUCAAGAGAAACGGGGAUGGAACUUUAUAUAACGGGGAAUAUGACUUUGACUUGAAACAAGUGUUCGAAAGUGGUCAAAUGAUUCACAGUAACGGGAGUCCGUCUUGGCCAAGCCCCAGUCCCCAGGAAAAACUUCACUCCCACUACUCACGACCCACGAGACUGGGCGCGCCAAAUCAAAUCAUGGAGUUUGAUUUUAUGUCUGAACCUGAUACUGAUAGUCAGAAUUGUAAUGGUUCUCCAAAUAAAAGCGAAGUACAGAGAAAAUAUACCCACAGAGAGAUCGAAAUGGAGACAUUAUUUGAUUACGAUCAGGAGACUUUGAUCGACUUGGCGGAACGAGAGCUUCUGAAGAAGAUCGAUGAAUUCAAUGCUUUCUAUGAAGGCAAAAAGAGGCAGUCUCUUACCAUUAAGAAGAGUACCGACCAGUUAGUGAUAGAAGGACCAGUUCGCAUUUACUGGGGAGUAGUCCAACCAAUCAGGUUACAGGAAUUUGAUGAUGUCCCAUCAGUCCCCUCUCCAACGUCAUGGCGACACAGUUUCAUCCCUGGAGACAGAAUACCAGACAUAAAACCUGACCUGAGGAGGUCAAGGUCACCUGAGCCAGUCUCUCCCCGUGUCAGUAGAGGCGUGGACGAUAGUGUCAUAUUCUCACCACCAGAUGGCGUUGUGCUGCGAAAAAAGAACAUCAAAAAGUUUAAUACGGUGGCCUACCGGGGUGAUUCCCGACCCAAUAAAUGGAAGCGGGCGUCAAUUAAUGGUCAUAUCUAUAACUUUGAUACGAGGGUGUUCACCCCUGUCCUGGGCAGCUGUACCAGUGUCACGGUGGACAGUAAAUGUACAACCUAUGGGGUCAUCAAAACACUGCUGGAAAAGUUCAAGAUAGAGAAUCAGCCAGAAGAAUACUCACUGUAUCUUGUGUCAGAGAAAGAAGGUGAGAUUUUAUUAAAAGACUCGGACCAUCCCUUGUUAGAGAGAAUAGCCAGGGGACCAGACGAGACCUCAGGGGUGAAGAUUUACCUGAAAGACCGCAUUAUUACCACAAGAAAAAACUCUCUAGUGACCCAGGCAGUGAGGGAGGAGGAGGAGGAGGAAGAGGAAGAGGAGGGGGUGAUUGAAGAGAUAGCAGAGCCUGUCAAAGUCGAACAAAGCCUUCCAGAUGAGGUGGAGCAGUUGAUAGCUAUACCAGAACCGGUGUUACGUGGGAUUCUACGGAAGUUCAAGGAAGACGAAGACCGAGAAGUCAGGACAGUACGGGCCAGGUAUGAUCUUGCGAAGAGAAAAUUAAAGGACGCAUUAAAAACAAAAAUCUGACAGUGUGGAUACAGUUCAAGGCCAUUGUGUUUUCAAGAUCUCCAAUUCAUGGAGAGAUCCUCUGAGAGGCUGGUUCACAAGUUGUCAGCUACUUUCAGAACUGUGUCAGACAGAUCCAGGCAGAUUCACUCUCGGUGACAAAAUAGUUCUGCUUGGACAUCUUCUCCACUGACCACAUUCAUUGACUGAGCAGCUAUAUCAACAUUUUAUCCACAUACAAGGGCAGUGAUUGUUGCUCAGGGCCAUAUCAGAUCCUCAUCUCUCAUACUUACAUUCUAAAAUAUACAAAUGUUUGUUUUUCCUGUAAAUUAUUGAUGUGGAAAAAACCUGUGUGGAUUUUUCUGUGUGUUUGGAUACUAGUAGAGUAACUCUUAACUUGGAUUAUGAGUUAAAAAGUGAAUGGAUUUCUUUGGAUUCCAAUGUGCAUAAAGGUUUUUACACUUCAUGCUAUUGUUAUGCAGUUGUUAAGAACUGGAGAGAUAGUGCUGUCUUAAAGGGUGCUACGUCAUAACAAAAUGGCAGUUGUGAGAUGGAAAGAGAUUAUGGAGUACUGGCUAUAAUCAAAAUGGCUUGUGUUCAUAACAUCUUUACAGAAAUGGUUAGGAUACCGUUAAUUAUCAGUUCAAUGACAGAAAAUGAGAUAAUUUCAAACAUAUUGUCACCUUUGAUCAAUAGCCGUUUUUAAAAGACUUCAUACGCACAUGUACCAGUAAUUAAUAGUUGCUGCUUUCGAACAAAUUAUAUUUAAAUGUACAUUGUAUUUUAAAUACUGUAUGUUUAUUAUUAUAAAACCAUUUAUAAUUGAAAUCAUAAAGACAAAAUUUAAGUUAUAUCACUUAAAAAAGUAAAAUGCAUGUAGGUUCAAACCUAAAAUGGGUUCAUAAUGAAUUCAAGUUUUUAAGUCAAGUGAAAACUUUGCUUUCUAUCAAGCUUUGAAUAUUGCUGAGAGUAUUAUCUAUUGCUUUUUGAAAUUCUGUUAUUCAUAUAUUCUCCAUGCUCUGGCGUUGAAUAAGUUAAAAAUGAAUGCUGCUGAUAACUGUGUUCUGUAAUGAGCCAACUGCUGAUCACAAGCAAUAAUGGUAGGUGGAUCAAUAAUCUUUAACAGGUGGAUGGUAUUGAGAUUUAAAAAAGUUUAACAUAGUGUUAGUCACCCAUCACGUUACAUUGUUUUUUGUGUGCUUUGUUCGUCUCCAUGUUCUUAUCUCUUACAUUCCAUUUCUACUCCUCUAACAAAUUAACAAAAAUGUAUGUAUGAAUUUAGCAGAAACAUAAUUUGUAUUCUUGCUCACAUUUAAAGAUAGCAUAUUCUAAAUUUAGUUGGCAAAACUGGGUGUUAUUUAAGACAGAAGAAUUUAACCAUGUUACUUUUGUUACCUCCCCUCGUUUUACUCAGCAGAAACUAAUACACAUACAUGUAGUUCUAUGUAGAUUGAUCAUACCCAGAAUUACAUUUCAUUGUUUUACUGGUCAGAGAUUAUUAUACAUGCACAUAAUCCAGAUUUUCAUUAAAGUUUGAUUUUAUAUGUUUUCUUAUUUGGUAUCUACCAGAGUAUUUAUGAUAUGUAAAAGUUUUCAAAUAUAACAGUUGAAUUCAAAAAUGUUAAAUGAAUUACACCCCUAUUCGACAUUUUAGCUACUGUGUGGUUCCGUAUAAUUUUAGCUACAGUUAGUUUAUGAUAUGAAUUAAUCAUGCUCUACAAUAUGUUCAAAUCAUCUCUAUAUGGAUCAACCGUUUUUACUUUUUACUUUGAAAGCUUUUUGGAAAGCUUUAUUCUACAAGUGUGCUAUCCAUUCUCACCUCCCCCAUCUUUCCCAGUAAAGGCUUUUUGAUCCCGAUCAGAAACCCUUGACUAGGGAAGAUGUACAUGUAACUCCCCCUCUUUGUGUCGAUCCCAGAAUUGCGUCCCUUUGAAUUGUUAUGUAACAUCCGCCCUUGUUCUGACAGCAGUGCUGUAUUGUAUUGUUGCAAAUCUUUUGUUAUAUUGGAAUUGUAAAAAGUAAGCCUAUGUCAUUGUGUUAUGAGAAAAAUAAAACAAUGAAAGAUUC